AUGACCACAUUCGCUCGUCCUUCAUUGCUCGAUAAUCGUUAUGCAGAUAUAGCCGAGACGAGUAUAUUCACCUAUGAUGAUAAUGAUCUUGUUAAUUAUGCUGAUUUUCUUCGAAAACAUGGACGUUAUAUGACAAAAUCAGGUUAUGUUGAUUCAUCUCGACGUGUUCGUUCACUUCAUCGACAACAAGAUGAUUUACUUUUAUCACAACAUCAUGCAUCACCAUCAAGAGGUGGUUUACUUGCUUCAAUUAAUAAAUCAUCUUUAUCAUCAUCAGCCCCGCCACCACGUUCCACAACACCGAAAAAAUUAAAACAACCAACAGGAAAUGAAUUACCUUCUGUUAUAUCGAUUUCAAAAAAUCUUGAAAAUAAAAAAAAAGAAUAUGAUAAACAAAUGAGACUUAUCGAGGAACAAAUGAUAAAAGCUAAACAAACUGAACGUGAAGGAAAACGUUUAGAAGGUGAUGUUAAAAAAGAACAACGACAUUUACAUCAUACACUUAAAGAACUCGAUAUUGAUGCAACGAGAAAACAUUUUGAUGCUGAAAAAAAUUUAUCAAAAAAUCUUGAAGAAAGAGAUAGAAUUGAAAGAGAAUUUUUAAAGAAAAAAGAACAGCAAACAAAACAACGAAGUGAUCAUACGAUUGAUUCAUUACAAAUUAAUAAAGAUAAAGAUCGUCAGAAUAUACUUGUUUGUAAUGAUCUUGCACGAAAAUAUCGAACAAAAGCAACUGAGCUUGAAAUGAAACAUCAACAAUUAAGUCAACUUCAUACUGAAUUUGAAAAUAAAGUUCAACAAAAAGAAUUAGAAGAAAAUCGAGUUAAAAAAGAAUUAGGUGAAAUAGCUAUGGCACUUAAUUUAGAAGCUCAAAAAGCUAAAAUUGAAAUGAAUGAAUUUUUAAAUGUUAUGGAUCGUGAUCGUACUCAAACGAUUAAACAUGAUCUUGAACAGGAACAAAAAUUCGAAGAACGACUUAAGUAAAUUAUCUUUUCAUCUAUAUGAAUUGACAUCAAAUUCUGCUCGAUAGAAAAAAUUGAUAACCGUAUCAAAAGAUAACAGUAUUCUUCGAAUAGAUUCUUGUUGUAUUCAACGAGAAAUUAAAUCAUAUCUAAAAUCAUUCAUCUGACAAGGGAACCUUCCCAGGUGCCAGAGCGCUUUUCAGCCGGAGUUUUGCGCAUCUUGUAGCCCAUAGUGAGCUAUGUCUGUGGUAACAAAAAGUUCGUCCCCCUGG